UAUCGACUUUGACAAUUUGGAGGAAAUUUACACAUAAGUCACGUGACAGUCCCACCCUUGAGCCUGUUACUUCAGUGUAGUUGCAAAAAUGGCUGGUAGGUCUUCUGUGUUCUUAGAGCAGGAUCAAAUUGAUGAUUUGAGGGAACUAUUUGAAAGUAUAGAUGUUGAUGGCAGCGGAUCAAUUGAAAUGGAUGAGCUUGGCCAGGCUCUGGAAGCAUGUGGCGUUAAACUUCCACAGUACAAAGUGCGGGUACUCCAGGAAGAAUGUGCAAAGAGUGAUAAAAAUAAAGAUGGGAAACUUGACAUGGCUGAAUUUAAAGCAUUAUACAUAAAGUUAAAAAAAGACCAAGAUUUCGGCCAUGUAUUUAAAAAGUCUAUUUCUGCAAGAACAGAUAUUCAGCAAACAACUGGUGGUUCAGAGGGCAGUUCACAUUCAGUCAGAGACUCGGAAAGAAUCGCUUUUGCCAGUUGGAUAAAUAGAAAUUUAGAAGAUGAUGAAGAUUGUAAGCCAUAUUUGCCAAUAGACCCAGACACGGGGGACUUGUUUCAGAAAGUUAAAGAUGGUAUACUUCUAUGCAAAUUAAUCAAUCAGUCAGUGCCUGACACUAUAGAUGAAAGAACAAUAAACAAGACUAACUUGAAAUUGGUUUAUUUGCGACUUGAGAAUCACAACCUUUGCCUUAAUUCUGCGCGGUCCAUUGGCUGUAAUGUUGUCAAUAUUGGUCAUGCUGACCUGGAUGCUGGUACGCCACAUUUGGUGCUAGGUCUCCUGUGGCAGAUCAUCAGGAUUGGAUUACUCAGUGAAAUAAACUUGCAAGCACAUCCAGGUCUAGUUCUGCUGCUAGAGGAGGGGGAGACGAUUGAUGAUCUUAUGAAACUGUCACCUGAAGAAAUCCUGAUCCGUUGGGUCAACUAUCAUCUGCGAAAUGCUCAGGCCAACAGACAGAUAUCCAAUUUCAGUGGCGAUAUUAAGGAUUCUGAGGCAUACACCUAUCUGUUGCACCAGAUUUCACCCAAAGAUGCAGGUGUCAACCUUGACCCACUUAUGGAGCAAGAUGGAGAAAUGAGAGCAGAAGCCAUGUUGAAGGAAGCUGACAAAAUCAAAUGUCGAGCCUUCGUCACAAGCAAAGAUGUCUGCAAAGGAAACGCCAAACUCAAUUUGGCCUUUGUAGCUAACCUUUUCAAUACAUACCCAGCCUUGGAAAAACCAGACGAUAUGGAUGUUGAGAUCAUUGAAGAAACUAGAGAAGAAAAAACAUAUCGCAACUGGAUGAACAGUAUGGGAGUGAAUCCACAUGUGAACAGAUUGUACAGUGACCUUCAGGAUGGCCUAAUUCUGUUCCAACUUUAUGACAUCAUUAAGAAAGGAUGCGUUAACUGGAACAAAGUUGUCAAAACAUUUAACAAAAUGAGGGCUACUUUUGAAAAAAUAGGGAACUGCACAUAUGCUGUUGAACUUGGCAAGGAGGUGAAGUUUUCAUUAGUUGGAGUGGGAGGGAAAGACAUCUAUGAUGGCAAUACCACACUUACCCUCGGCCUCAUAUGGCAGCUGAUGAGGGCUUAUACCCUGUCGGUGCUCAGAAACAUGUCUGAUGAUGAUAAACCAAUUGAAGAUAAAUUUAUUCUUCAAUGGGUUAACGACAAAUUGAAAGAGGGACAAAAGACUUGUGGAGUAUCAAGUUUCAAGGACCCAUCUUUGGCAACUGGACUCCCUAUUCUUCAUCUGAUAGACUGCAUUGCACCAAAGAAAAUCAACUGGGACAAUGUUAAGAAGGAGCCAGAAUCCGAUGAGGAUAACAUGUUAAAUGCAAAAUAUGCCAUCUCAAUGGGAAGAAAAGUUGGAGCAAGAAUCUACGCCUUGCCUGAGGAUAUCGUAGAAGUAAAAGCUAAAAUGAUAAUGACAAUAUUUGCCUGUCUUAUGACCGUGGGUUGGAAGAGAGACGAGAAUGAGUAACAGUAAUUCUAAUAGACAUUUUAUGGAAUCUUAAACAUCGGAGUAGGGACCAAUGGUUAUUAUUGUUGACGUUUUUUGUUACAAGAAUGUGUUAAGGAAAGCAAACAGUGUUUAUAAAGCACUCUUUAAAAGAGUAUGCCAUUCCAUUUCUUGAUGGACCAAUAUCAUGCAUACAGUUCAUAGUAUAUAUAUCUCACUAAUUUUUACUGUUAAAAAACGUAUGUCAAAUGGGGGUGGGGGAAGGGGGACAAUAAUUUUGAUAGUGAAAUAUGUUUUAUAUCAAUGGGGCUAAUGAAGUUUUCUUUGCUAUGGAAUUCUGAUUUAUUUCCUUAGUCCAUAGGAGUUAAAAUUGUAUAGAUGUAGUUACAUAAGAAAAUGGGAAAUUUCAUAGUCAUGUUGAGGUGAAACGGCAACCUUUUGUCUGCUGCUGAAAUAAAAAAAAAAGCCAAAAAUGUCUUGAUUUUGUGGCUUUACUUCUCUAUUUCAAACUAAAUUCUUUAAUUUUCUUUAGAUUUUGAGACAAUAAGUUAGGUCAAUGAGUUAAGAUCAGUAGUUCAUUUAUUUAAUCAUUCAUUAUGUUACAUAAUUAUUCCUUAGGCUGCCAAGAACAAAACAUGAUAUGUAUUAUCUACAAAAUAGUUGGCCUUUGUAACUUCGGUGCUAUAUGAAAACAUCUACUUAGAUGCUGUAUUUAGAAGACUUAAUUUCUAAUUUUAGAAAACGCAAUGUUGCAAUUUUGUGUGUGUGUUUUUUUUUUUAAAACAAAGAUAGCCCAGUUUUAUAGUGUAACCACAUUACAUUCUUUUUUUUUCUUUGAAACUCCAACAGGGAAAAUGUGUUCUUCCAUUCAUUUGAUAGAUAUAUGUUGUUUUUUGCGCAGUUUUCAUAGUGUUUCCUGUACAUCAGAAGCCAUGUCAAGGGUAAACAAAAAAUAGUGCUGGUACUCUUUCUUUUUGAAGGUAAUUUUCACCUAUAUUUUACAAGUGAAUCUAAUUUUUAAAAGAAAAAACAGAUGUACUAUUGGCCUAGCUAUAACAUUUUUUGUAAAUAUGAUUUUUGUACACAAGCUACUGUCUCUAUAUAUAACUGAACAAGAAAAGGGGCCAUAUAUAUUUUAUACAUUUUUAAAAAAAUUGUACAUGUAUUCAUUUUUGAUACAAGUGUAAAAACACACCAGCUUGAAAAGCCUCAUGUAUUAUAUUAAUCUGCUGUUUAAUUGGAAAGUGAUUUAUAAUCAUACUAACUGUAUAUCAAUUUUAGGGUCUGAGAAUAAAUAUGAAACGAAACAAUUUUCCUUUAUCAUUUCUGCAAACCUCAAGCAGCCUUUGCCAAAUUUUUCAUCUUGCUGUAUAAAUGAAUGAAUUAAUAUAUUAUGACAGACUUAAAUUUCUUUAAAAUGCAGGAUCAGCUAAAUAUUGUUACAACUUAAAUCCAGGCUUCAAAAGGGAUAAAUCUUUAAAAGAAUAUUCUUUUAAAUUUUUUUUUGAAGAAUGAAUAAUACACUUGAGGUGGAAUUGUUUUGUACUGGCCCGUAUAUACAUAGGUGUGUAAUCCAAUGAAUGGUAUACAGAAUCAGUUUUAAAGGAUCUGUGAUUGAUGUUAAAUAUGCAAUUAUCUCCCUUAGUAUAGUAUAUAUUAUUUUUCUAUUUUUAUUAGGGAUUUAUUCUAAGUAUUGUUUGUUUUUUUAUUACAAAUGUACCUCGACAAAGUUUAUGUAAAAUUAAGCAUAUACCAAGAAUUGCAUUUCUACAUGAAGUUAUAUUUUGAUUCUGCAAGGGACCAGAGCUGGAGAAGUAUAUGUAAAAAGGCACAGUUUAUAAUAAAUUUGUUAUAAUUUG